UAGAGCGGCAGAGAGAGAGAGAGAAGGGGGGUAAGGAGAGAGAUUGAGAGAGAAGGAGAAUUUAAACGAAUUGAGAGAGGGGGGAGGGGGACAGCCAACCACCAUACAUACUACAGAGAGGAAGAGAGAGAGAGAGGGGAGAGAGAUAGAGGGGGGAGAGAGAUAGAGGGGGAGAGAGAUAUAAUUGAAUACAAUUGAGAGAGAGGGGGAGGGGGACAACCAACCACCAUACAUACUAUAGAGAGGAGGAGGAGAGAGAGCGGCAGAGAGAGAAAAGGAGGAGAGAUUGAGAGAGAGAGCGAGAGAUUGAGAAAGAGAGAAAGAGGUGGUGGAGGAGAAAAAGGUGGAGGAGAGAGAUUGAGAAAGAGAGAGAGAUAUAGGUGGUGGAGGAGAGAGAGAGAGAGAGAGGUGCAGGAGAGAGAGGUGGAGGAGAGGCAGAGAGAGAGAGAGGCAGAGGAGAGAGCAGAGCUACAGAGAGAGAGAGAGAAGCAGAAAGAGGACGAGAGGCAGAGUGAAAUCAUCUCUUGCAGGCAUUCAGGUUUCUGUCGCCGAUGGGGACAGGCAGAGUAGCGGGAUACCACCAGUACCUUAUCGAGGGACAGCAUCACCACAUACACACCCUGCUGACACAUAAACACGCCACAACACUCCAUAGGAGAAGCUGGUGAAGCUCGGAGGGGGAAACAAGCUUCUCUUCUCUGUGGUGUAGAGAGCUAGAAGACUGGACUAGAGCCUCUGCUACACCAUCACGUCGUGCAGGAGCCUCAUCCAGCUCUCCAGGAUCCUCUAGCAGCAACAACCCUCAUACAUAGCUCUCCACUCGCAAAGCUCUCUCCAUCCGACUAGCUCUCUCUCUCAAAUCUCUCUUGUCAGCUCUCUCUCAACCGCUACCAUGAAUUUCCUGCGUCGCCGGCUGUCUGACAGCAGCUUUAUAGCUAAUCUUCCUAACGGCUACAUGACAGACCUCCAGAGAUCUGAUCCUCCACCGCCUCCCCCCUCUACAGCCACCUCAGGAGUCCCAGCCACAUCCCCAGGACAAGUUCCAGCACCAGCCCCCAACGCUGCCCCCCCAGCUCCAGAGUGUGGGCCCCAGCCUGCCCAGGCUGCCCCAGCCCCGGCCCCCUCUUCAGGCUCUGGGUUCUUCAGCUCUCUGACCUCCCUGAGUUCCAUCACUAACGUGGUAAAACAGACAGCAGUGUCAGCUGGCUUGGUGGAUCAGAACCCAGCACCCGGGCCUGGUCCUGUCUCCAAGAGAUUUAAGAUACUGUUGGUCAUCGACGAGCAGCAGUAUGUGUGGUCCAGACUGUUCAGAGGGAAGAAGCUCCAAGGAGACUAUGACAUCAAAGUGGAACAGGCGGCAUUCUCAGAGAUCAACCUGGUAUCCCAUGCCAACGGGUCGUGUAACGUGGACAUACAGUUGAUCAGGAACGGAACCAAAGUGGUGAGGUCCAUUAAACCUGACUUUGUCCUGAUGAGGCAGCAUGCCUAUAGCAUGGCCCACAAUGAGGACUUCAGGAACAUGAUCAUCGGCCUGCAGUACGCAGGAGUCCCCAGCAUCAACUCACUGGAGUCCAUCUACAGCCUCUGUGACAAGCCCUGGGCGUUUGCCCAGCUGAUCGCCACCUGUAAGAAACUAGGCCCUGACAAGUUCCCUCUGAUCGACCAGACCUUCUACCCAAACCACAAGGACAUGAUCUCCAUGCCCUCCUUCCCUGUGGUGGUGAAGAUAGGACACGCACACUCUGGAAUGGGAAAGGUAAAGGUGGAUAACCUGAGUGACUUCCAGGAUAUAGCCAGUGUGGUAGCCAUCACUCAGACUUACACCACCACAGAACCCUUCAUAGAUGCCAAGUACAACAUCAGGAUCCAGCGGAUUGGCAGCGAUUACAAGGCUUAUAUGCGGACCUCCAUCUCUGGGAACUGGAAGAGCAACACAGGAUCAGCCAUGCUGGAACAAGUGGCCAUGACAGACAAGUACAAGCAGUGGGUGGACAUCUGCUCAGAGAUCUUUGGAGGUCUAGAGAUCUGUGCAGUCAAAGCCAUCUGUGGAAAGGAUGGGAAGGACUACAUCACUGAGGUUGUGGGUUCCUCCAUGCAGCUGAUCGGAGAGCACCAGGCAGAGGACAGGCAGCUCAUCUCUGAUCUGGUGCUGACUAAGAUGAACCAGGCUCAGCCAAGGACGACCGCUCACUCUCCUGUCCAGAGACCGAAGGAAGUGGCAGAGCCAACCAAGAACCCCGGACAGUGGCGCCAAUCUCAAGGGGGUGCAGUGCAGGCCCAGCUCACUCAACCACAGAGUGUGGAGCCUCCAGCAGAGUUAGCGCCCAAGGUGUCCCCUCCGGUUUUAAGAGCGGCCACCAUCCCCAUUCAAAAGCAAGCCUCCACUCCAGUGGCAAAACCAUACUCUGCUCCGGUCUCUAGGCCAGCCCCUGCCCCAGUGCAAAAGAAAUCCUCUUCCCCUCCACCAAAGCCACCCCCUCCUGCGAUGGUAAAGAUGACCUCUGCUCAAGUACCAAAGCCUAUCCCUUCCCCAGUGCAAAAGCCUGCCCCAGCCCCAGUUCCAGCUGCUGCCCCUGUCUCAGCCCCAGUCCCAGCUGCUGCCCCUGUCUCAGCCCCAGUCCCAGCUGCUGCCCCUGUCUCAGUCCCUGCCCCUGUCUCACCCCCAGCCCCAGCCCCAGCUGCUGCCCCUGUCUCAGUCCCUGCCCCAGCUGCUGCCCCUGUCUCAGUCCCUGCCCCUGUCUCACCCCGAGUCCCAGCUGCUGCCCCUGUCUCCCACCCAACCCCUGCCCCCACUACACAGCAGCCCAAGCCCCAGCCUCAGAUGUCUCCAUCACCAGCCCCUCCCCCAGGGAAGCCAGCAGAGCUGCCCCCUCUGCCUCCCAAGCCCAAGCCUAUACCUCCUGUACGCCGCAACUCCAAGCCCCUGAUCCAGCCCAAACCCCAGACCCCCCUUCCACCCCUUGGCCUGAAGCCCAAUCCUGAUGCUGUGUCUUCAUCCAGAGCGCCAGGCCAGUCCCUGUCCCCAAAGAGGUCCCCUGGGAGGGUGCAGUCCCCUUUCUUGCCCCAGUCUCCAGCUAAAGCUCAGCCACCAACGGUCCUUUCCCCAGACUUUCACCCAGACCCCACCCCUAUUAUGAUGCCCAUGUCCUCCACUGGCACUGCCAUGGCUCCUGAGCCUGCUCCAGAGCCUACUCCAGUCUCAGUUUCAGCCUCAUUCCCAUCCGCAGCCUUAUCCCCAGUCUCAGCCUCAUCCCCAGCUCCAGACUCAGCCUCAUCCCCAGCCCCAGUCUCAGCCCCAGGCUCAGCUUCAUCCCCACUACCAGUCUCAGCCCCCGCCCCAGCCCCAGAAUCAGCUGAAGCUCAGCCUCCGGUUGAAGAACAGCCAGCACCCAAGGGCCAUCCACUGCUGAAUAAGUCCCAGUCCCUGACCAAUGCCUUCAGCGCGUUGGGAGAUGCGUCGUUCUUCCGCUCCAGCUCGACCAGCUCCUCGGCGGGCGGAGAGGAUGAAGCCAAGGCCGAGACCAUCCGGAACAUCCGCAAGUCCUUCGCCAGCCUCUUCUCUGAUUAGUCCUCUCCCACAUGCUCUAGGAUUGGCUGAUGACUUCAUUGACAUAAACGUGACCCAGUCUGAGAUUAACUGUGUGUAACUGUAUAACUCCCAAGUCCCGCCUCCAUCCCCUGCCUCUCUGUGUCUCUGAGGACUCAAUUGGCCAGUUGAGUGUGAUGAUGUCAAAGUGCCAGCUACCUGUAACUACCUGUAGCUAGCUACCUGCGUGAAGCUUGGCCCUCGGUCAGUGUGUGAGGAGGAGGAGAUAUAUAUGACGUUCUAAUGCAUGAAGAUGACGGCUCCAUCAGUAGGUGUUGUGGAGCAGAAUGGAUGUUUGUGUUGAGUUGAUGUUACCCAUUGCCUCUGGAUGUUGUAGCCUUAAUGUGAUGAUGUGUUUUAUUACAGAUUAGUGACUGUGAGUGGUGACCCCUGACUCCUAUAUCGCCAUAUGUACUUCCUGUGUAGUACAGAUAUCUGCAGUACGUUCUUCAUCAUUAACAGUUAUUUAAUAAUAAUACCUCUGUUGUGGCUGUUGACCACUGUCACUCAUACAUACAAGUAUACCUUUCCUUUAUUAAUCAGUCAGUCC